GCUGUCACCUGUAAACAUCUAUAAUUUGUUUGGUUAUAUUUAAGGUUAUUCAGUUUGUUUUUUUAAAGCAAGCUGAACGUGUCAGCUUAUAAGACACAUAGUUAAUUUUAACUUUUACUAAAUUAAUUUAAAAAGAUGGCUUCAGGCAGCUCGAGAACAAGUGUUAAGGAGUACACAAUAAAAGUUCCUAAACAUGUUCAGAAAAGGCAUCAUGUAAUGAGAUUCAAUGCGACACUAGAUGUAGACUUUGAAAAAUGGAAGCAGGUGAAGAUGGAACGUGAGAAUAACAUGAAGGAAUUCAAGGGUACGGAGGAGGAUCAGCCAAAAUUUGGUGCAGGAUCAGAGUUUGGCAGAGAAGCAAAAGAGGAGGCAAGACGUAAGAAGCUUGGUAUAAUCUCACGUAAAUACAAACCAGAUGAUCAGCCCUGGAUUCUCAAAUCAUAUGGUAGUACAGUAAAGAAGUUUAAAGGUAUUAGAGAAGGUGGAGUCUCAGAAAAUGCGGCCUACUAUGUUUUCACACAUGCAGCCAACCAAGUCAUUGAAGCAUUUCCACUGCAUGAAUGGUAUAAGUUUCAACCAAUCCAAAGAUACAAGGCACUUUCUGCUGAAGAAGCAGAACAGGAAUUCAGUAAGAGAAACAAGCAUCUUAACUUUUUCUCACUUAUGUUGAGGAAACGUCUAAAGGGUGAUGACGAUGCAGAGGUCGAUGGUGAAGUGGAGGAAGGAAAAAGCAAGAAGGGUGGAAAAUCUAAAGAGUUAAAGAUCUCUGAAAUGGAUGAAUGGAUGGACAGUUCUGAUGGUGAUUCAGAUGAAGAAGCUCCGGAGAAGGAGGAAGAUGAUGAAGAGAAACCAGAUAAGAAGAAAAUAAAGAAAAAUGAUGCUAAGAAGAAGAAGAACAAGAAAAGGGAUACGGAUGUCGAAGCGUUUGAGGAUUCUGACGAUGGUGAUGGCGAAGGAAGAGAAUUGGAUUAUAUAACGGACAGCAGUGACAGCGAGCCGGAAAAUACGAAACUCGAGGGUGUGGCAGAAGAGAAGGCGCUGAGAAAGUUGUUGAAUUCUGAUGAGGAGUCCGAAAACGAUUCCGAUAAGUCAGACAAAGAAAUGGAGAAGGAAGACGAGGAGAACAAGGAUAAGGACGAGGAGAAGGAGGGCGAAGCGGAGAAGGACAAGAAGAAUAAGAACAACAAGAAGAAGAAGACAAAGAAAGAUCCCAAGAAGGAUGCGAAGGAGAAGAAGGGAACGACUGAUAGUGAUUUUAGUUCGGACAGCAGCACCGAUGAGGACGUCAAGAAGAAGAAGGUGCAGCAGAAGAAGAACAAAAAGGAGAAGGGCGACGAUAAGGCUAAACCCGAGCAAGCCGAGCCCAGCAGUACUAAUAGUUCCAGGUCUGGAACUCCCACAAUCGAUGGCAAGAGGAAGAUGCCCGAUUUGGGUGGGCCGAUCAAGAAGCCGAAACUGGAGGCGCCCAUCAAUUACAUACCGGGAUCUUUGGAAUCGGGCAUCACCGAGGACGCCGUCAGGAAAUACCUGAUGAGGAAACCUAUGACCACAACAGAACUACUGCAGAAGUUCAAAUCAAAGAAGACUGGUCUUUCGAGCGAGCAACUGGUCAACAUAAUGACGCAGAUACUGAAGAAAAUCAAUCCCGUCAAGCAAACUCUCAAGGGAAAGAUGUACCUGUCUAUCAAAUCUUAAAUAUAUACUGUAUCCAUUAUUAUUUUUAUCGCAUAUAUAUUAUUUUUUUUUGUAAAAUAUAGUGAGAUCAAAUAUAUUCAGAUAUAUAUUUAAUUACGUUUUUACAUACGUCUUUAUUUAAUCUUCUUGCCUUUCUCAAUUAAUUUGAGUGUACUUUAAGCUUUAUGAGUUGAGGCAACUCUCGUGGAAGUAAUGCGUUUCUUAUUGCAGGUCCGUUAAUUAGUGAAAUCCCUUUUCGAGACAUAAUUUGUUGCGGAUUAUUUUAUUAUAAUUAUAAAAUAUUCCCAUCAACCGCAAAGUAAUUCAAAGCUUUACAUUUAAAUUUCUUUUAAUAAUAUAUU